GCUUUUUCAGAGAUGACUUUUCUCAGACCCCGUCUUAGUAACCUAUGUGAGUAAACUUGAACCCAGCGUAUCACUUUCCUCCUCUUCCUUUACUUGUCCAUAGCUCUGUGUCACUGCUCGAUGCUCUCAUAUGCACUGCAAAAACAAAGGCUUCUCCUUUUGCUCUGCUCCGAGAUCACAAAAUGUCCCAAGAGCUGUUUUUGUAAGGAAAAGAGCUACAGGUGCCGUAGAGGAGAUUUUUCUCUGCAUACUGAUGAAACUUGUGUCAAUCUCAGAUGCGUUUAUGUCUGACAGAGUCUCUUUUCCCAUUUUUUCUUCCUUUAGAGUGCAGAAUGCAAUUCCUAACGGCGCCGGCGACGAGCAGUCUGCUGAAGUUCCCAGAGGGGACUGUUGAGGCGCUCGGGGAAGAUGAUCCAACCCGAGGUUCUGUGCUGUGGGGGAAGAUUUCUGGAGGGACCAGUGGCCUGGCGUGGUUGGCACGUGGUCCUCACUUUGAGGUGGUGAACUCUGUGACAGGCGAGCGGCUCUCUGCCUACCGUUUCAGUGGGCUGCAUGGACGGCCUCCCACUGUCCGUGUGGUCAAGGAGUUUUCCUCGUGGGAGAGACCUGCGCUGCUGAUUGGUGUUGGAAAUGUUCUCUGUUUGUUUGACCUUGAAAGAUCACGAGUGGUUAAAGCCAUUGCUCUUCCAGGAAGGGUGAUUGCUAUUGAACCUAUAACUAAUGUCGGAGAAGGAGAUGCGAGCACUCAGUACCUCCACGAGAGUCUGCAGUGCUUCUCUGGAGUGGCAGCAGUGGCUACAGAUGUUGGGCGCGUUUUUCUGGUUGACCUUUGUUUACAUAAUUUCUCUUGGGGGCAGAAGGAAAUAGAAACAUUGGAUCUCGAAUAUGUCACUGCUGCUCCUGCUGAAGUUCCACGAAUCAGAGAAACUGUGAUGGAAGAAGGGAGACAUCUCUGUUUCCAAUUACAGAACUCUUCUAGAAGCGCAGUAUCAACGCUGUACUUCAUCAGCAGAACCAAUCAGCUCGUUGUGGGCUUUUGCAAUGGCACCCUCUCACUGUGGAAUAUGGGAACUUUGACAAGGGAGCACAACUCUCGGCUCAACGGAGGAAGGAUUCCUGUCAGUGGUGUUACUUUUCAAGAGCCUGAGAAUGAUCCUGGCAACUCUUGCUACUUGUGGGCUGUUCAGUCUACGCCAAAAAGGGGAGGUGGUGUUCUGAGUUUCCGGCUGUUGCAGUUAACCUUUGGUAAACGAACAUGCGUGGCAUCAGGACAAGUCAUGUAUGAGGGUUUGGAACGCUGUGAAGAAAGGUUCAGUUUAGAUCUCAGGGAUGGAAACUUCCCCUGGGCAGGGCAGAACAGCAGUAUGAAAUUACUCGGGUGUCAGACGAUAGAAAGUUUCAGUGAUGAUGUUGAUGAAGACAACAGCAUUAAUAGAGUAAUGUCUCCCUUCAUCAGCGUCUCAAUCUUCAGUUGGCAAGUGUGUACAAGUGGUCAGAAAAACCCAUCGACUUACUUGAGUGUGUUUGACAUUAAUGGCUGGCUCGAUGCUGAAAUGCCAGCCAUGCUCAGGCCAGAAUCCCUUCACGAUUGCUCCUAUUUUGCGCUGUGGUCACUGGAUACGGUGACAAGCCCGGCUCCUUUAGACCUCAUUUUGGAUAUGAUGGUAGACCAGACAAGUCUAACUUGGAAAGAUUCUCCUUCUUACCUAGCACCUGGCCAGAAUCCUCAUGCAAGGAACUAUAGUUUUGGUGUUAUGUGUUUGCUGAGCUUCGGAGUCUGUCGUGUGACUUGCACCAGCUCGCUUGAGGGGGAGGAGGAGUUAGAGGUGAUAGUGUCCACAGCUGCCCAGACAGGUUGUUUAGAUAUUCUGACUGAGUUCUUUAAAAGUUGGACAUCCGAAGAGAAGCCAAAUACUGCAGAAAAUAUACAUUUUGUCCGUGAGUGUGCGUGGAACACAGUGCUCAACACCGCAGAAGAAUUUAACCAACUGUGCGUUCAAAGCACCGAGGAACACUCUGAUGGGACAGGUAUUCUCACUGCUAUUUCAACGCCAGGUAGAAGAGUAACCUUCAGAGAGAACUUUUCUUGGACUGUGUACAUCAGGAGUGUGGGCCUCAGGAUGAAGCCCUUUGAAGUGACAUCAACUCCUGAAGCCGCUGUUGGAAUAGCCAAAACAGUGUAUGCGGUCUGA